GGUAGCCAAAAGGCAGGUUCUUGAUGCGGUUGUGGUCGUAGCGGCGGCAGCAGCAUCUCUCCUUUCUUUCUUUCUAUCCACUGGGACUGCGUGGUGGCUCCUCCUCGUCUUGUUGUUUAUCUGCGAGGAGCACUGGGCAACCGCAGUGCUCCGCGCGCAUUUUCCGACUCUGAUCGAUGCUUGCCCUGGUCGCCACCUUCGUCUUCUCCUGCCUCCUCUUCCUGUCCAAGCCAUGCGCCCGUGACAUGAGAUUGUUCCUCGCCUCCAUCUGCCAAGAACUCGCGCUCUCGCUGCUCGGAUUCUUGGCCGGCUACAGGCUGCUCGGAGGCGUCGCCUCCACGGCCACGGCCGCCGACGCCAUGCCGCUCAUGCAGUCCUUCAAGAGGAAGCGCCCGGCGGCCAAGGUGGAGAGCGCCGAGGACACCGGUGAGCCCUCCGUGCUCGACCUCCCGGAGCUGGCAAUCGACUGCAUUCUCGCCAAGCUGCCGCCGGCCGAGCUGCGGAACAUGGCCGCCGUCUGCCGGUCCAUGCGGGACCGCUGCCAGAGCGACCACCUCUGGGAGAGCCACAUGUCCCGCAAGUGGGGCUCGGUCCUGGGCACCGCCGCCAGGGAAGAGUGGAGGUCGUAUCUGUCCUCGUCGACCGCGCCCGGCGGCGGCACCUCGUGCGGCUCUGCUGGCAGCGCCAAGCACCGGAGGUGGCUCGCCGCGCUGUCCUGCGUCUGCCCGGUCGUGUCCUGGAUGCGGCCUAGGGCCGACGGCGGCGCCGGCAGGUCGGCGGGCCCUGUGCUCGAUGAUUCCGUCAUGUCGUGGUAUCUCCACAUGGAGAGCGGCAAGUUCUGGUUCCCGGCACAAGUCUACAACCGAGAGCAUGGACAUGUUGGGUUCAUGAUGUCAUGCUAUGAUGCAGAGCUCAGCUAUGAUUUCCGCACAGACUCGUUCCGUGCAAGGUAUCCACCACACGGGCGACGAACUGUCGUCGUGGAGGAUGGUGUGCAUUGGGACAGGAUCAGGGCAGCUCCGGUGGAAACCCUUGCACAUGAUCUGCAUGCCUCUGACAGCCUACAUCAACUCCGGCCUGGCGAUAACAUUGAAAUUCAGUGGAGAAGGAACAAGGAGUUCCCAUAUGGCUGGUGGUAUGGAGUUGUUGGCCACUUGGAGUCAUGCGAUGGAAAUGAACACUUUUGUCGGUGUCAUCUUAGUGAUACUGUUGUGCUGGAGUUCAACCAAUACACACCUGGCUCAAGAUGGAGGCAGUCUCUGGUCAACCGAAAGGACCACAGGGAAGAGGGCAACGAGGGCGUUGGAUUCUACGGUGGAAUAAGGAAACUCCACAAAAAGGAUGAAAUCUCCAAGUGGAAGCAGCUGUGGCCAACAGAUAUCCUGGAAUAACACGCUAUUUUGUCGUUACGAUGCAUCAAGAUGGUUAACUGAUUGAUACCUUCCAUUGAUUCAAUCGACGCCGUCCCUCUGUUCAAGCUGUACACACGGAUAGAACACGAGGUGACAGAUCUGGUAGCUGGACACGGUUGUAAACUUACUGUCAGGCAAAAUAAACGCAGACUGCUUCUUUAUUUAGGGGACUGUAGGCCUGCAAUAAAGCCUACAUCAACCAGUGUAUGUAUGUAACCGCAGUCUGUGCCCUUUUUGCCUGCUGUCGUAGUUCUAGAGCAGAAAGAUCAAAUGUAAAUUACAAUUUAGUUCAGAUUUACGACACAUUUGUCGCAAUUGUCUC